AUGACCUCCACGGCCUCUAUCAAGGAUGUUGCGCACAAGGAGCUGAAGCGUUUGCCAUCAGAUACUUCUACUUUACAGGCUCGCUCUCCGGACUCUGUAUCUAAAUCUAAGGGGGCUGAGAUCAGUAAACCAGACCCACCCAAGCCAAGUCCUCGCCCCAAAGUUAGCAAAUGGUUAAAGUUUCAGCUUUGGUUCAACACUUACAGAAAAUUCUACACCUUGACGGUCAUCCUCAACGUCAUUGGUCUAAUCCUUGCUGCGACUGGUGUCUGGCAGUAUCCUCGACACUAUACUAGCGCGUUCAUCCUGGGUAAUUUACAAACAGCGCUCCUCAUGCGGAACGAAUUAUUCGGUCGAUUCUUGUAUCUAUUCGUAAAUACCCUCUUUGCCAAGUGGACCCCCUUAUCGUUCCGACUGGCUUGUACGUCAAUAUUGCAGCAUCUAGGCGGUAUUCAUUCAGGAUGUGCGACGUCUGGAUUCAUGUGGCUGAUUUUCCGCGUCGUGAUAAACUUCAUGAACCACAAAAAUACCCACGAUGCGGUUCUAGCCAUGGGUGUCGUCACAAAUAUAGCCAUAGCUGUGUCCAUACUAUCCGCUUUUCCUUGGGUCCGGAAUACUCACCACAACGUAUUCGAAAGACAUCACCGGUUCAUUGGAUGGUUCCUUGUUGAACCAGCAUGGGUUUUCAUUGUACUCGGGGAUACUUACGACCUGGACACGCACACCUGGAAUCCUAAUGGAUUGCAUCUUGUUGAACAACAGGACUUUUGGUUUGCAGUCAUGAUGACUUUCCUAAUCCUCUGGCCAUGGUUGACAAUCCGGUCUGUGAAGGUCGACGUUGAGAUUCCUUCGCCAAAGGUCGCUGUGCUACGUUUCGAACGUGGAAUGCAACAGGGGCUUCUAGCGAGGAUUUCGCGAAGUUCUAUCAUGGAGUAUCAUGCUUUCGGGAUCAUCUCGGAGGGUGUUGACGCCAAAUACCAUUAUUUGAUCUGUGGAGUUCAAGGAGAUUUCACGAAAGGGCUCAUACAGAAUCCCCCGACGCGUAUAUGGACCAGACAGCUUAAAUUCGCUGGUGUCUCCAACACCUCCACCCUAUACAAGAGAGGAAUCCGAGUUUGUACCGGAACAGGGCUAGGCGCAGCACUAUCAACGUGUUUGCAGUCUCCAAAUUGGUAUCUCAUCUGGAUUGGUUCUGAUCAGGAAAAGACUUUUGGUCCAACAAUUGCAGGUCUGAUUCAUGAUAAUCUGGAGGGCCGUGUUACCCUUUGGGACUCAAAACAGAGAGGCGGUCGUCCAGACACAAUGAAAUUGAUAAAAGAAGUUUACACAUCUUGGAACGCUGAAAUCGUCUUCAUCACUUCAAACUGGAUCGGUAACAAGGAAAUGAUGGAAGGCUGUAAGGAAGCGGGAAUUCCUGCAUUUGGAACAUUAUGGGACUUCUGA